UACAAACACUGUGCAGGAAUCUCCAGAACAGGAGCAAAUCCUCAGCAUAAUGAGUCUCUCACAGCGAGGGCGAAUGGAUGAGCAGCGUUGCACCUUGGGUCCUGUCAAAACUGCACAAAUCAAAACUACACCUGCAGGUUCGGACCAUGAGAACAACAAGCAGGGACAACGCCCUGAUGACUUUAAAUUGUCAUUGCCAGGGUUUAACCAGGAACCUAGGAGUGACAGCCAUCAUGGCUCUGCACCGCAGAUCUCUGUGAUAGAGAGUACUCCGGAUAGAAACAGGAAACUUCUGUUACCAGCAAACCAAUUAAAGGUUCCCUCUCAGCUUGACGGGUCUAGUUCCGUAAAGGCAGAAUUACCUGAUGAACAACAGGCGCUCAUGAAUAUGAUCAGCCAUGGCCAGCGUGGACGCAUGGACAACCAGCGCUGUUCCUUGGAUCCUAGCAAGAGUGCUCCCUGCACACCCAAACACACAGACAGAAAGCCUGCCGCAAGUCCAGACUCUGAAAUGUUCUUCAGCCUCUUGGCCAACAGUCAGAGCCAGCGGCUCGAUGACCAGCGAGUGUCUCUUCCAUCAUUACCAGGAUUACAGAAAGAAAAUGGCCCAUCGACUGCCGGAGAGGAAUCCAACUUCUUGUGUUACAUGGUCUCAAAAGCCCAGGGUUCCAGAAUGGAGGACCAAAGGUGCUCGCUCCCUCAAAUCCAAACCCCGGAAACCCAGUGUUCACCAAAAACGGAUAAGUCUGUGUCUGGUUCAGGUCCUCCACGCUCAGCUUCCUUCAGCCCUAGCUCAGACGUAGAACGGCCGAAGAGUAAAGAUAAAGCAUCUCAAAAACAGGUCUUGACUCCAGUUGAACAGGAAGAUUUUUUUAGCUUAAUGAGUCAUUCCCAGCGUGGGCGAAUGGAUGAGCAGCGAUGUGUCUUAAAUGUUAGUCCCCAGGCCACACCCAAACACAAGUCCAGUCAGAGCACUUUGGCCAAAGGCCCAGAUUCUGAAAAGUUCUUCAGCCUGCUAGCCAACUCUCAAGGCAGACGGUUUGAUGACCAGCGAGUGUCUCUUCCUUCACUGCCAGGGAUUCAGAAUGGAGGUACCACAUCAACAUCAACUGCUGAAGACAAGGAUGCAAGCUACUUAUGUUACAUGGUCUCCAGACUCCAGGGGUCAAGGAUGGAUGAACAGAGAUGUUCUGCACCCCAAAUCUUCCAGAGUCCGAGUACCCCAUCUACUCAGCACAAAGACGAUCCCAAUUCAGACACAUCUGACAAAGCUCCACGAAGAUCUGGCUCCUUAAACCGUGCUAAAACUGACCAACAUCAGCCGGAGGCAUCUCCAGCUGAGCUGGAACAGUUUUUCAAUAUGAUAAGUCAUGCACAAAGUGGACGUAUGGAAGAGCAACGGUGCUCUUUACAACCGAGCAGAAGUACACCUGGCACUCCCACACAUAAUGGAAGUGCUUUAAAUAAUGUACCCACAGGUGCAGAAGCUGAUGCGUUCUUCAAAAUCAUUGCCUCCGGUCAGGCACGACGGCUAGAUGAUCAGCGUGUUUCACUUCCUACCCUGCCAGGGAUAAGUGGGAAUUCUGAACGAAAAGAAAAUGGGAGAAAUACAAAGGUUUGUCCACCACACAUCACUGUGGCUGAAAGUACACCAACAACACCGAGGAAAGACCCUUCCAGACCUACCUCUAAACCCCAAAUGACUGAUGCUGCAUCUGGCUCCCCCAGAGCCCUGUCCAAAUCUGCUUCAUUCACCCCUGAAACAGAAUAUCAGAAGAAUCUAAAUUCCCCAGCACAGGUGACAGUGAGGGUGUCCAUGAGUUUCACACCACAUCAGGGACAAGAGAAUGCUGAUCAACCAUGUACAUUCCCGGAAGUGUUCCUCACUCUUGGAGCCCCAGGAGAUAAUCUUGUGAUUCCUCUGAGCCCAGGACCUGGCAGACCCCUGUCCUUCAACUUAAACCUUGUCCCAAAAGAGGAUGUUAAGUCCAGGCAGUGCUCUUCAAACCAUGCAAGUCCCAGGAAAGCCUGCUCCAGAUCGUCAUCUCCCAACCCAGGUGCAACCAGUAAAGCGUAUCCUGUAACUUCAUGCCCACCUGAACAGGGAAAACCUGUGACCAGCCCGAUCAGUCCAGAUGAAGACUGCUUCUCUCUGAUUGAGAGGAUCCAUACAGCGCAGUUGCAGAAAGCAAUGGGUCAAGGAGGGCAAAAAUAUAAGGGGGAUCCUGGAAAGGGGAGGGAAAAGGCAGAGCAAGGAAAGGGCAAGGGGGUUGGAAAGAAAGAUAAAAAGGAUGGUGGCAAUAAACAAUAGUCAGGUGUGCAACAUUGUAAAUUAUCUGUUAAGGAAAACAAUAGAGAUUAAAUGUGAGGCAUCAGUAAUCAGGUUUGGAAAAAUAACAUAUUCAACAAUGUUUAUAAAGUUGUAUUUGUAGUUUUCAUAUGCCCACAUUUAGAAGCUAAUGCUGGAGUGUAGCUCAAGUUCAUUCUGUUUUUAUUUUCAGCACUGGGUAGGCUAUUUGUCGAGGCAGUUUCUUCCUUUUUUGCUAAUUAAAUGUUCCACACAUACAUACAUACAUGCAUACAUACAU